UUAAAAUAUUUGACUUACGCAGAUGGGCAGGUCACCUCAAUUUUCAGGACGUUCCUAGACAAAACUUGGCGGCCAUGAGAUUAGCACUUGAUGAGAUGCGCUAUUCAGAUAUCGAUUGGCAGCCAUACUCCGAUCUGAUUAUCAGUCAGCUACCGUCAUAUUGUUUCGAGGGGUCCCAUUUCUGGCGUGCACGCGUCCCACUGAUCUACUUCCACAUUAUCGAGUGGCACCAGCCAGACAGGGUGCUUCAGCAGUUCGGACUGGUUCAGCCUAUUCCGGAGGCCCCCUUACAGCAACCCAUCAUGCAUGGCGUCCAAUACCGUGGGAGCUCAGACUUCCAGGCGCUUUUCAGUGAGUAUAUCGACAUCUGGGACUCUAGAGAGAGAUAUGUGGUACAUGGGCGUGUACUCGAGCAUCCGCCGCACUUUCAUUCAGAGUACAUGGACUGGUACAGGCUAGUGAGCAGGAGAUGGAUUACCCAUCGCGGGGCUGAGCUCGGUUCUCAUCGCGAUACCAUGGAGAGGAUCCGCUUGCAGUCUGAGGCGGAUUCCACUGUUCGGACUUACGCUCGCACUUCUCAGCUAGCCACUAGGGAAGACCGGCGGAACGUCAGCGGGCCACCGCCAGACCCUGCUGUUCCGCCAGACGCUAUUCCAGAGAUCGAUCCGCCGACCGUGGAUGUACAGCGCAUACGAGGACGUCGUAGAGGCAGACCCAGACAGCCAGAGCCGACCCGUGAGAUCCCGACAGACCCUUUUCCCCCACCGGUCGUCUUUCACGGGGACACAGAGGACUUUAUCCGGCGUUAUUACGGGUCUGCGCGUGAGUACGGGAGCACCUCGUCGCAGCCCCAGGGGCCACGGGCUUCCUCUUUUUCAGUACCACCUGUUUCUGUGCCUUAUGUCGACCCAUCGUUUGGGCAGACCGCUGGCACGACUCCGCUAGCCACGCAACAGGACCCUCUAGACACACGGGUCGAUUAUCAGGGGAAUACCGAGGAGUUCAUUCGGCGGUAUACCGGGUAUACGCAGCACCACGGCAGCACAUCUUCGCAGCCCCAGCGCCCACCGUCUUCCUCUUUUUCAUUGCCGCCUUCUUCUGUGCCUUAUGUUGACCCAUGGUUUGGGGAGACCGCUUACAUUACUCCGCUGGCCACGCCGGACCCUCUGGCCACACCGGUCGAUUAUCAGGGGAAUACCGAGGACUUCAUUCGGCGGUAUACUGGGUAUACACAGCACUAUGGAAGCACCUCUUCACAGCCCGAGGCGCCACCAUCUUCGUCUUAUUCAGUACCGCAGGACUUCUCCACUUACCGUGGUUCCGCUUUUACCCCCUUUCAGCCACCACCCCCGACACAGACACCUCCAGCCCAGCAGUACGGAGGACUAUUUGAAGAGAACUUGUCCUAUCCUCAAACGCCUGCAGUAGGUAGUUUUAGCCAGCUUCUUCAGGGGUACAUUCCACAGCCGCCUUCCUCCUCUCCCCGCCCAACUCAGAGCCCAUCGCAAAUGCAUUUUUCUCUAACUGAUGAGUGGGUGAGCAAUUUGCAGGCUCCCACACCUCCACUUGGUGAUGUUGCUAACAUGACGCCUCCUUCAUUUUCCCUGGGGUUAGGGAACCCCUCCUCACAGGCUCCUGACGACGAGGAUGACGAUGUGGUCAGUCCAAGUGGUAGCGACGACAACAGCUCUGGCCCAGAUCUCAGACCUUAUCGGCCAUUGACUCAUACCCAGAUGAGUCGGCGUCAGAACAGGGGUCGAAACUUGAGGACACUCUUACGGACCCCAUAUAGAACAAACAUGUAGUUGUAUUUUAUAGCUUUUUUUUAUUGUUGUCCACAUAUUUUUGAUUAUUUGACUUAUUUUAAUUU